AUGAGCAAAAAUCUACUGUAUCUAGUUUUAUUAUUUUUGUAUCAAGGAUUUACGAAUGCGAAGGAUAAUUUACCCAAUGAGCGUAAAUAUUUACUGAACUUUUAUUCAUUGACAAUUAUUCAUUUCAACGAUUUCCAUUCCAGAUUUGAUGAGACAAACACUCAAUCGGAAGAUUGUACGGCCGUCGAAAAGGAAGCUGGCCAAUGCAUUGCAGGAUUUGCUCGGAUUCAUUCGGUGGUGCAGGAUCUACGAAAUCGGUACCGGACAGACAAUCCGAUUGUCCUGAAUACUGGGGGGAACUUUUUCGGCAGCCAUUGGUACAAUUUUAUGAAACAACAGACUGCGAUUGAGUUUGUUAAGUCACUUAAUACUACAGUCAUGACUCUUGGGGAGUCAGAACUUGCGGACGGAUUUGAUGACUUGCUUCCCUUCUUGAAACAACUGGGGCAACACGAUAUACCCUAUGUGCUUUCAAACGUUAAGAAAAUCAAAGGUCUGGACAAUGUUCCGGAUGUUCAAACAGUAGUUGUUGGUGGCAGAAAAGUUGCAUUCAUUGGAGUAGCGAAUGAUCAAAUCAAUAGUGAAAAGUUAAACGGUAAAGUUGAAAUAACGGAUGCCGUAAAAUCGGUCCAACAUUACGCAAGUCGAUUGAUUCAGACUGAUGUGAGAAUAAUCAUUGUCCUAUCAUCGUGUGGGCUGGAAGUGGACAGAAGGAUAGCCAAGGAAGCCGGCAGAAACCUCGAUCUUAUAGUCGGAGGUCAUUCCCAGUCGUUUCUGUUUCCGGAAAAUUCCGGCGCACCGUAUGACAAAAACGAUAAAAUAGAUGGAGAUUACCCGACUGAGGUCGUCAUUGAGAAAAAUGGCAAAGAUAGAACUAUCCCAAUCAUCCAAGCAAAGGCAUUCGGGAAGUACGUUGGCCGUUUGACAGUUUAUUUUGACCACCAUAGUCGGGUUAAGUUUUGGGAAGGCUUCCCGGUUUACGUUAAUAACAGUAUCAAACCUCAGCCGGACGUUGAGAAUUUGAUGCAAGGUUGGGCAAAAACCGUCGAAGAUUUACAAUCGCAAGGCCAGGGACUAUCGGAAGUUAAUUUAGAUUAUUCUUUCUGUCGCAUUCGGGAGUGCAACUUGGGUGAUUUUGUAGCAGAUGCUAUGGCAGAUCAUUUUUCGAAUUCCACCUUCAAACCAUCUGCAAUGAUCCCUGGAGCAUAUUUCCAUCAAUCAAUACCUGAGGGAAAUGUUUCAAUCGCACAGAUAAUGGCAGCGAUUCCCGAAUCAUCACCGUUAUCAUUGGUUCGUCUCAAGGGAGAAGAUUUGUGGAACGUUCUGGAACAAUCUGUCAACCCAGCAGAUGAGGAGCAGUUUAAUUGCAUGCAAGUCUCGGGCCUUACGUUCACUUUCAAUCCAAAACGGGAGAAAGAUGACCGCAUAAGGCAGGUUAAAGUAGUGGAUGUAACGAAUCAAACUAGUAUCAGCGGUUUG